AUGUCUUCCAGAAUCACUCGCUCAGCUGCAAGGCUUGCCACAGACCCUCCUCCUACUGACUCCGGUCCAUUAAAUCCUGCUGGUUUGGCUUCUCGCAAACGCAAAGCACCGACGCGUCGAGAUCCACAACCAGACGCCCCAAUCCCGUCUACGGACCUCUCGCCCCCACGACGAUCAAAGCGACAACGAACUGCAGCAUCUCAGCCAGCUCCUGCUGCCCCUGCUGCCCCUACGCCACGUCGAGGCUCUCGUCGCUCAAACAUGUCACAACCUGGACCAUCUUCUCGUCCAUCAGAGGAUUUAAAAUCCACCACCCCACCGCCUCCCUCGAGGCGGAGAUCCGGUCGAAAUGAUCACCCUGCAACGGCACAGUCUCCACCCCCACGCCGACAAAAGAAGCGCUCCGCGAAAUCAAAUCCCGAUGUCGUAAUGCGAGAUGCGGAGGAAGAACUUGGAGAGCAAGAUAACAAGGAAGAGCAGGAAGGAUCCCCUACGGGCGAUAGCAAUGAUGGAACUAACCCAUCGGCCUUUGACGAUGAGGAUUUGGAUUCAUUCCAUAGCAGCCUUUUCGGCGGCCGAGGUACCAUGGGCCUACAAAGUACCCUUCGUGCUCUCACCGGCAUGAUGUCUGGCAUGUCCUCGCGACUUCGAGAUAUGCUCUGUAAUCUGAGAGAGAAGGAUAACCCCUCAAUCCAAUUGAUCGCCCUCCAAGAGCUGUCAGACCUCUUGCUCGUCUCCAACGAAGACAACCUCUCCGGCCAGUUUUCUCCUGACCCAUACGUGAAGGAGCUGGUCACCUUAAUGCAGCCAAACCAAUUCGGUGAAGAGAACGCAGAAAUCAUGCUUCUUGCGUGCCGUUGCCUUGCCAAUCUCAUGGAGGCCCUUCGAGGAUCUGUAGCCAAUGUUGUCUAUGGGGGUGCUGUUCCCAUCCUGUGCCAGAAGCUCCUGGACAUUCAGUUUAUUGAUCUCGCUGAACAAGCUCUCAGUACAUUGGCGAAGAUUUCAGUAGAUUUCCCGGCUUCGAUCGUGCGAGAGGGAGGUCUGACGGCAUGCCUGACAUACUUGGAUUUCUUCGCUACAAGCACUCAGCGCACCGCUGUUACGACUGCCGCGAACUGUUGUCGCAAUCUUCCUCAUGACUCUUUCCCUGUCGUGAGGGAUGUGAUGCCGACCUUAUUGAAUGUAUUGUCCAGCAAUGAUCCUAAAGUGGUUGAGCAGGGAUGUUUGUGUGUUUCACGCAUUGUGGAAAGCUUCAAAUACCGCCCUCAAAAUCUGGAGGAGCUGAUUGAGCCUGCCAUGCUCAAGGCCGUUCUUCGUCUUUUGCUUCCCGGGACUACUAACAUGAUUGGCUCCCACAUCCACACCCAAUUCCUCCGUGUGUUGGCAAUUGUGUGCAAGGCCAGCCCUCGGCUGUCUAUUGAGCUUCUGAAGAUGGACGUCGUCGACACCCUGUACCAGAUAUUGACCGGUGUAUCGCCCCCAGAGGACGUCGAUAGCACAGCAGUAAAGAUGGACAGCGUCCUGGUCAUGCAGGCAUUGAUCCACCGACCUCGCGAGCAGGUUUUUGAGGCACUGAAUGUCAUUUGUGAAUUACUCCCAGGUGCUCGAAGUCGCGAGGCUUCUCGAUCCGAUAAUCUGCUCAGUGCGUACUUUGACAACAGUAUGUCCAUCGGCUUGAAGUCUGCGAAAGCGAAAGAGAAUCCCGUCGAAAGACGGGAACUUUUGGAAGGCUGCAAACCAGAGCUCAAACGUUUUGCAACGAUCUUAUUUCCUACCCUGACAGAUGCAUACUCGAGUACAGUCAACCUGCAUGUUCGCCAGAAAGUUCUGAUUGCGCACUUGAAAAUGCUUCAUAUUCUUGAGCCAAGCUUGAUUGAGGAUGCCCUGCGAACAGUACCAUAUGCCUCAUUCCUGGCCUCCAUUCUCUCCCAAAAGGACCAUCCGUCUCUGGUCUCUUUGGCCCUGCGAUGUGCAGAGCUUUUAUUCCAGCGCCUCGAACACGUCUAUCAACAUCAAUUCCACCGGGAGGGUGUCAUCUCAGAAAUUGUCAAGCUAGCUGAUGGAAAGCUCACCCCCGAGGAGGAAGGCCAACAGACAAGCAGUGGUAGCAAGGACGCUGCUGGAGCAUCUGCUGAUGUUGACAUGGAAGCAGGUGAUGCACCUGGCAGCAAUGAUAAGAACGAGGAUUCAGAAGACGAGUUGGAGAAUGAGGAUGAAGAGGAUGGUGACGAAGACGGUGAUGAUCUCUCAGAUUCCGAGAGCUCGUCCAUCUCUGGUCAUCAAUCCUUGGAAAAGCUCGACGGUGCUCUCAAUGACCUUGUUAUUCGAGAUGCUCAAGACUUUAUUAAGAUCUACGAAGAGGGGCAUGGAGAUUCAGUGCGAAAUGAAGCCCAGAAGAUCCUCAAUGACCUUCAAUCCUUAGCGACCAAGAUUCGCAAGUGUUACUCCACUCGUGGAGACAAUAACGGACUGUCUCUCUUCCAAAGCCUGGCUUCUUACUUUGACGGAGAUGCGCUGGAGAGCAUAACUAGUUCCGAACUUUUGAAUUCGGGAAUUAUCGAUGUUCUUCUAGACGUCCUGACGGACUUCAAGGCACCGUGUAUUAGGUAUGCACGGUCGGCCUUUUUGCAGGCCUUCAUGGGUGCAAGAAUUUCGGAGAAGGCUCAGAGCCAGAGCACCGCAACCACGCCAUUCAGCGUGUUGAUUCGCAAGCUUCAGGAUUUGCUUAGCCGGACUGAGCAUUUUGAGGUGCUUACUGUCAGCCAUAACUCUCUCGAGAAUACUCGCACCAAUGCUACAUACAUGCUUGGAAAGCAGCUUAGGUUGAAACUCGUUGCUGAAGACGGGACUGAGGUUCCUCGCCCUUACAAAAACCUCAUGGUGUCGAUUCACGCUAUUGCCACGUUCAAGGCCCUGGAUGAUUUCCUCCAGCCGCGAAUUGCGGCCUCGGAUCGUCCACGCCAGUCUCGCACUAGGGAUGCGAUUCUCUCCCAAAUUGCUCAAGCAGCGCGCAUGCGUGAUCAACUCACUUCAGAAGCCUCCCCCCAGACCCCAACAUCUGGGGACCGACCCACUCGCACCAUAGGAGCCAGUGGACAUACAAAUGAGGCCCUUGAAAGAAGCAGCGCUCAGGGGGUCCCAGGAUUCCCACCUCAGCCAUUCCAAGAAGAUGAUGAGCAUGAAGACGAGCCCCUGGAGUGCGCCGAUGAGAGACAAAUCACUGAUGAUGAAGACGAAGACGCCGAGGAUGCGGAAGAGGACGAGGAGCUCAAUGCAAUUGUUGAUGACCUCGAUGAUGACCUCGAAGACGAUACCGUGCAUGACCCGACUGCCGUGAAUAUGGAGGUCGCCUCCUCUGGCAAGGUCACCGCACGAAAGGAGGAUGGUACUCGAGUUGGCACCCCGUCGCAUUCUACCCCGUCUUCUAAGCCUUCUACUUCGGCAGCAGGGCCCAGCCCCACUGCACAAAGCUCGCUGGCCACUGCCGGGCGUCCAUUCUCGUCCUAUGCAGCAGCCAUGGCCUCGAUUCCUCAGGAUUGGCACAUUGAGUUCUGUGUUGAUGGAAAGCCAAUCUCUAGCGAUACUACCGUAUAUCGUGCUGUCCAUCACAACCGUGAGCACAUUGAUGAGGCAAAAGUCAAGAAUGUCUGGUCUGCUGUUCAUACUGUCACUUACAGACGUGUUCCUGGCCCACCGCCACCAGAGCCGUCUACCCUUGCUGCUUCUGGACAAGAAGCUUCUUCUAAUGCUGACGGCCUUGAAAUGCCUUCCUCUUUGAGCAGAGAUGCUACGACUGCAUCUAUUUUGCGCCUGCUUCGUGUUCUGCACGAGAUGAAUGCAACCAUCGAUGACAUACUGAUGGAUGCUCGUGAUCGUGCCAAGAUCACCCCGGAACCCUUGGCCCAGUUUAUCAAUACCAAGCUUACUGCCAAGGUGAACCGCCAGCUGGAAGAACCGUUAAUAGUGGCAAGCAGUUGCCUUCCAAGCUGGAGUGAAGAUUUGGCUCGGUUGUUCUCAUUCCUAUUUCCAUUUGAGACGAGACACCUCUUCUUGCAGUCAACCUCAUUCGGCUACUCCCGUGCUAUGACGAGGUGGCAAAACUCACAAAGCGCAGAGGAUAGUCGACGUGACAGACGCGAUGAUCGGCCGUUCCUCGGUCGGCUUCAACGCCAGAAGGUGCGUAUUUCUCGAGCUCGUAUCUUGGAAUCUGCCAUGAAAGUCAUGGAGCUUUACGGGUCGUCCCCAAGUGUCCUUGAGGUGGAAUACUUCGAAGAGGUUGGAACUGGACUGGGUCCCACUCUAGAGUUUUACUCCACUGUUUCGAAGGAGUUCUCCAAGAAGAAGCUAAAGAUUUGGCGUGAUACCGACGGUUCCUCUUCUGCCGACUAUGCUUUCGGCAAACGUGGACUUUUCCCGGCUCCAAUGAGUGAAGAACAAGCAUCCCAGGAUUCUGGCAAGAAACUGUUGAAUAUUUUCAAGGUUCUUGGAAAGUUUGUCGCUCGUUCUAUGCUUGACUCGAGAAUCAUCGACGUGUCUUUCAAUCCGGCAUUUUUCCGCAUUGCUGACACACUGUCUUCGGUCGCCCCAUCCCUCGGAACAAUCAAAGCUGUGGAUGAAGGCUUGGCCAAGUCUCUUGGUAUGCUGAAGCAAUUUGUUAAUGCUAAGAACGCAAUCCAGGAGGACCACACUCUUUCUCAACACGAAAAGACCAAAGCCAUUCAAAACAUCGUGGUGGAUGGUGUUCGGGUCGAGGACUUGGGCCUGGAUUUCACCUUGCCCGGUUACCCGUCGAUCGAGCUAGUUCCAGGUGGCUCUGAUGUCUCAUUGACCAUCGAGAACGUUGAUCAAUAUAUUGAACGAGUUAUUGACAUGACCUUGGGUAGCGGUGUUCGUCACCAAGUCGAGGCUUUCCGUGUUGGAUUCUCUCAGGUCUUCCCAUUCUCUGCUCUUCGUGCUUUCACUCCCAAUGAAUUGGUUAUGCUGUUUGGUCAGGCCGAGGAAGACUGGUCCAUUGAAACGUUGAUGGAUUCUAUCAAGGCAGAUCAUGGGUUCAAUAUGGACAGCAGAAGUGUCCGGAACUUGCUGCAGACCAUGAGCGAAAUGGAUAAGCAGCAGCGCCGCGAUUUUCUUCAGUUUGUUACUGGUAGCCCGAAACUCCCUAUUGGUGGCUUCAAAUCUCUUACUCCAAUCUUUACGGUCGUGUGUCGUCCGAGCGAUCCCCCAUACACACCGGAUGAUUACCUGCCUAGUGUCAUGACCUGUGUGAACUAUCUCAAACUCCCCGACUACAGCACUCUGGAAGAUCUCAAGAGCCGACUGUCUGUUGCCAUCAAGGAAGGACAGGGCGCCUUCCACUUGUCUUAG